CUCUCCUUUGCAGUCCUGAGCUCGCAGUUCCAGGUUUUGGUUGCUGCGUCCUUGGCUGGCGUGAGGCCAAAGCAAAAAUGAGGAGUGGGAAGGCCUCUUGUGCACUGGAGACCGUCUGGGAGGACAGGCACAAGUAUGAGGGAGCCGAGCGGCGCUUCCACGAGCAGGAGGCCACACAAGUCGUCGCCGCCGCCGCCACUGCCGCCGCCACUGCCUCCGCCUCUGUCCAGCAGCUCCUGGACGAAGUGCCAGCUGUGAACGGGCCCAGCCAGGAGGACACAGAGGACACUGAGGAGGCAGAGGCCCCAAACACCAGCAGCAGGAGUGAUCCCGGGAAGAGCCACGAGUGCAAGAAGCCGAUACAGAAAAAGAGGAAGCGCUCCCCGAAAAGUUGGCUGGGCCAGGCAGACCUGGCCCUUGUGGGCCUCUCGGCUGACCACGUAUGGUUAGACAAGCCACUCUUCGACCAGGCAGAAAGCUCCUACCGUCAGAGGCUGGCAGAUGUAGCUGCCCAGGCAGCCCAGCCGCCUGCUCUGGCCCCUCGGGGGCCCUGUACACAUGGAAGCCAUGUGGCAUGCCACCAUGUAACCUGGGGGAUCUGGGUCAACAAGUCUUGCUUUGAUCAAGCCGAGCGGGCUUUUGUGGAGUGGUCUCAGUCCUUGCUGCUGGCUGCAGAGGGGAGCCAUAGGCAGGGGACUCCUGACACAGGCCAGCAGGCUGUCACUCCUGACCUGGCCUUGGCCUGCCAGCCUUGCCCACCAGCCAAUGGCCAGCCUCCUCUGGGCAGCCUGCAGGCACUGGUGCGGGAGGUAUGGCUGGAGAAGCCCCGGUACGAUGCCGCUGAGAGGGGCUUCUAUGAGGCCCUGUUUGAUGGUCAUCCCCCAGGGAAAGUGCGCCUGCAGGAGCGAGCCAGUCAGGCAGAGGGUACCCGGAGGGGCCGCAGAGACCAUCGGAGCUGCAAUAACGUAGGAAACAAGAGAGCUGGGUCAAAACGGGCCAACGGGGAGGCUCCUCCUGCUUUUCCCUACUGGUACUUCCUACACAAGGACGCAGAGGCCCCCUGGCUCAGCAAGCCUACCUACGACAGCGCUGAGUGCCGCCACCAUGCCGUUGAGGCCCUGCGCAUAGCCUGGCGCCUAGAAGCUGCCUCCCUGGCUCACCGACCCACACCCCGUUCUGGCCCAUCCAUGUCCAGCCUGAGACCCAACAGAAAAAUGGCUACAAACUUUCUAGCGCAUGAGAAGAUCUGGUUUGACAAGUUUAAAUAUGAUGAUGCAGAAAGGAGAUUCUAUGAGCAGAUGAACGGGCCUGUGACCUCCGGCUCCCGCCAGGAGAAUGGUGCCAGCGUGAUCCUCCGAGACAUUGCAAGAGCCAGAGAGAACAUCCAGAAAUCCUUGGCUGGAAGCUCAGGCCCUGGAGCCUCCAGUGGACCUGGUGGAGACCACAGUGAGCUCAUUGUGAGGAUUACCAGUCUGGAAGUGGAGAACCAGAACCUUCGAGGCGUGGUGCAAGAUUUGCAGCAGGCCAUUUCCAAGUUGGAGGCCCGGCUGAGCUCUCUAGAGAAGAGUUCACCUACUCCCCGAGCCACGGCCCCACAGACCCAACAUGUCUCUCCUAUGCGUCAAGUGGAGCCCCCAACCAAGAAAGGAGCCACACCAGCAGAGGACGAUGAGGACAAGGACAUUGACCUGUUCGGCAGUGACGAGGAGGAAGAAGAUAAGGAGGCUGCCCGACUACGGGAGGAGAGGCUACGCCAGUACGCAGAGAAGAAGGCCAAGAAGCCCACACUGGUGGCCAAAUCCUCCAUCCUUUUGGAUGUUAAACCUUGGGAUGAUGAGACUGACAUGGCCCAGCUAGAGACUUGUGUGCGUUCCAUCCAAUUGGACGGGCUGGUUUGGGGGGCCUCCAAGCUUGUGCCUGUUGGCUAUGGCAUCCGGAAGCUGCAGAUCCAGUGUGUGGUGGAGGAUGACAAAGUGGGCACCGACUUGCUCGAGGAGGAGAUCACCAAAUUUGAGGAGCAUGUGCAGAGUGUCGACAUCGCAGCUUUCAACAAGAUCUGAAUGUCCGAGAGAGUGUGGUUUCAUGUGUGUGAGGACCUGCUGAGAUUAAAGACUGAGACUCUGCACUCCGCCUCUUGUGUUACUUGGUGUACAGCGCUCUGUGGGCUCUGGCUCAUACUUGUCCCAGAAACAAUCUAUUAGGUCCACAUUUGUCCACCGUGUCUCUCCUGUCCCUGCUGUUGUCACCGUGUACACCUAGACCCAGUCUAACACUCCUCUUCACACUCCUUACCUCUGGAGGGAUACAUCCUCUUUAUAUAUUCUGGGAUGGUUAGAAUAUGGACAGCCAGCUGUACUGUAUGGAAUUUUGUCUGCCCGCUCCCCUAAAACCCCUUGUCAGUGCUUGGGUAUUGGUGGUAUUGGGACGAUAGUGCUCGUGAAAUCCUGCGAACAUCUAAGUUGAGAAAGUGUACCAAGUGUGGCUGAUUCCUGUCAGUGUUGUUCAUCAUGGCCCCUAGUCACCAGGAAACAAUGUAGCCCUCCCCCUCAAAAGUUUUAGACUUUUCCUGUGGGACCUGAACAAAAAACUGUCACCUGGGCAAGGAUGACUUCGCAGUUAAGAACACUAUUCUGGAAGAUGGGGCUCAUUCCCAGCAACCACAUGGAAACUUACAAACCAGCUGUAACUCCAGUUCCUGGAUACCUGAUACCCUCUUCUGGCCUCUGGGCAUGCAUAUCUGCCUGCAGUACAAAAACACCUACACUUUUUUUUUUUUUUUGAGAAUAAAUUUUGCUGUAUAUCCUUGUCAGUUUAGAGAA